AAAUGGAUGGUUUGCAAGGAUCCAGUACGAACGUUAACCGGAAACGGAGGAGCAAUUUCCUGACGCUGGUGGAGAAGGUUCGCAUAAUUGAAGAUUUUGAAGCAGGAGGUGGUACGCAUGACUUUCUUGGGAAGAAGUACGGCGUAGGAUCUUCUACGGUCACGAGAAUAAUCCAAAAGAAAGAAGCAAUUCGUGAGGCGGUGGACAAGUUCAAGGAAUAUGGUGUAAAUAAUCGAAAAACAUUGAAAGAGCAGACGUUCCCUUUGCUGGAAGAAGCUCUUUACAUCUGGAUUUUACAGCAGCGGCAGUCCAACAUUUUGUUGACAGUGGAUAUUCUUAAAGCAAAGGCGGAGCUGCUGUUUAAGAUGUUCCAGGACCGGGGGCUCUAUGCGGUGCACGGUUUUUCUGCUUCGGAUGGCUGGAUGCAUCGUUUUAAGCAGCGGUUUGGAUUGCGCGUGAAAGCCGUAACAGGAGAAAAGGCAUCGGUAAACGUUGAAGCGUACCUAAAUUUCAAGAAGGUUCUACAGAAGAAGAUUCAGGAAAUGCAGCUAUCACUAUCCCAAGUCUUUAAUGCAGAUGAAUCUGCCUUGUUCAUCAAGCUCCUAGCCACACGCUCUGUCGUUACCUGUGAUGAGACCGUGGCAAGCGGACGGAAGCAAAACAAGACAAGGCUUGGAUGACCAGACUGUUGUUCCGUCAAUGGUUCCACGAAGAGUUUGUCCCCGCUGUUCGAAAAUUUUCGGCCGAGAGAGGAUUGGAGCCAAAGGCAUUGCUGGUUCUUGAUAAUUGCACCAGUCAUUAUGACGUUGACGAAUCUCUACAGAGUGACGAUGGACUGAUUCAAGUGAUCUACCUCCCACCAAAUGU